AUGGCCAAUGUCUGGCUCAAUCAGGACGAGCAUCACGACAACGACAUCAUUGAUAGUCCUGCGGAUAAUGACGGGUCCCCGAUUACCCCGGAAAUUGACACUCAACACCCGUGUCAUUCUUUCUCACGCGAACAAAGAAAUCCGACUCAUGCAGAGCCCGAUCCCAGUCCAAGUGUUGAUCACGGCCGUCUGACGGCCAUCCUGUUGCGGUACUUCACCGAAGAGGUGGCGGCCCGGUUUGAUCUAUGUGAUCCGGAGCGCCAUUUUACCCAAUUGGUGCCUAGCCGUGCGCGAGCCUGUGCGCCGCUCCGUCAUGCAAUUCUAACCACGGCUGCCCGCCAUUUGAUUCGGCUGCAGCGUCAUCGCAAUACAGCCGGUGUGGUCGAAUGGCAGGGCCAUGCAUUGCCCGACCUCACAGAGGCCGUCGCCUUGGCGUAUCAUACGGCCUGCAUUACAGACUUGUUAGCUCUUAGCAUGGAUCCGGACCAGAUUCACAAUGAUAACCUGUUGGCGGCCGCCAUUAUCUUACGGACCGACGAGGAAAUGGACGCUCCGUUACGGGAGAACCCGGAGGAUCAGGAGGUGUUUUUGCGCAUGUUGAAUGUGUUUAUCUCGGCCCAAGUGCCUCAUGAUGCUGCGCUUCCUCAUAGUAGUAGUCCCAGUAGUAGUUGUUCGUCAGACCCUCCUAAUGGCCUGCGACAAGCGGCAUUUUGGGUGGCUUUGCGACAGGAGGUUUUCACAUCCUUUAUAAAGCAACGCCCCCUCUCCUUCCCCCUGUCUUAUUGCGAUGCGUUUCGGACAAUGUCUCCCGCAACGGACGCCGUCUGGGCCGACCGGCUGAUUAUCUUCUGUGCCGAUGUGCUCGAAUACUGCUACGGCAGUCAGGAUGUUGCACCUGCAGCGCAGUCGGCAUCUCCCCAUCGGUGGCACGAACUAGUUGAUUACCAGGACCGACUGCAUGCCUGUCUCCCGGCCUCAUUUGAUCCUCUCUACGUCCGUCCUCCAGAUCCGGAUGGCGGACAGGUCUUUCCGGAGAUCUGGCAUCUCGAUCCUUGUCAUGUCACUGGUACGACUCACAGCGAACUCUCCCGGUUGUUAUUGUUGGUUUUUGAUCCAACGCGACCGCGACUUGGGCCAGGGUCUGCUGCUCAGCAUCGCGCGACCAUAGACAACGUGCGAGCUAUUGUCCUGCGACUGUGUGGAAUGGCGCUGAGCAAUAGGCAGUCCGCGCCGACUUUCAUUGAGGCUUUGAUGGGAAUCACGACUUGUGGGGAGUAUUUUGAGCUGCCAAAAGAGCAGCAGGCGAUUCUAGGAGUGUUGGAAGUGAUGCGUUUGGAGCAUGCAUUUCCGACUCAGCGUGUGGAGGAUCGAUUAAUGGUUGCAUGGCGAUGA